AUGAAGCUCACUCUUGCUACAGGACUCGCAGCACUGCAGACCGUGUCUGCCCACACUUUAUUUACAACUCUUUUCAUCAACGACGUCAAUCAGGGCGAUGGUACUUGUGUACGCAUGCCCAUAACCCCAAGUAAUGCCACUUUUCCUAUUAUUGGCUCUCCAACGAGUAUCGAAAUGGCUUGCGGAAAUCGAGGGAACGCAUCCGUUCCUCGAACAUGUCCAGCUCCUAAUGGCGCUAAGCUGACCUUUACAUUUCGCGAAACUCCCAAUCUUUCUUCGCCUGGUGCCAUAGAUGCUUCUCAUAAAGGCCCUUGUGCCGUCUACAUGAAAAACGUUGAGUCUCCUAUGGUUAGACCAAAUGGCGACUCGUGGUUCAAGAUAUGGGACGAGGGAUACGAUGCCGUUACUUCGAAAUGGUGCACCGAGAAGUUAAUUGAUAGUAACGGAUUACUGUCAGUCAACCUUCCCGGUAACCUUGUCGGAGGAUAUUACUUUGUUCGCACAGAACUCCUUGCUCUUCAACAAGCAGACAAAUCUCCACCGGAUCCACAGUUCUAUAUUGGCUGUGCGCAAAUAUUUCUUGGUCCUGCAAAUGGUAGUACUAGUCUUUCUCCUCAGACUACGGUAUCCAUUCCAGGGUAUUUGAAUGCAACAGAUCCGGCGCUCCUGUUCAAUAUCUACACCCCAACUUGGCCAUAUGUGAUGCUUGGACCUGUGCCAUACAAUAGUUCGGAGAUGCUUGCAACUACAGUUCCUAACGUUGCACACCAAAUGUAUGGACUUUUACCAUCCGAUGCAAUCAUUACCAACGCCAACUGGUGGGCAACAGAAUUGGACUCUUACUCAGACGUUAAUGGGUGCUGGAAUGCAAGCAAGUCAUGCUUCGAACAACUUACAACAUGCUACGGCACUGCACCACCAACCGGCUCUGCAGGCUGCAGAAUCUGGGAACAGAGAUGCGACGACGUACAAUCUGCUUGUAACGCCAGCAUCUUCACCGGGCUCCCAAACGCGGGCAAGUCCUUGAUGCUACCGGACAACAAUCCAUACCCUAUUCCUGAUGCCGCUAGCCAGACUCCUGGUCAAGUCUAUGCCAGUCAGUACAUGAAUGCUGCGUUCCGAAACGGAUCAGCCAAUAACUCUAAGCGCGACUCGAGCACUUUUCCGGCUUUGGGGACAAUUUUCACAACCAUCACAAGCACACGCACCACCACGCUAUUACGAACCGUCAGUGCGCUUCCACCAAGCAUUGUUUCGAGUGUCGCUUUGUCGAAUUCGAGCAUGGUUAUCAGUACUGCUCAUGAUUUUGAGACGACCUCAAGUACUGUGAUGGCGAGCUUUCCAAUCUCAGCGCCAGCUACAUUAUCCAGUGCUACUAGUGCUAUCCCAUCAAGUACUUCUUCGAGUGGUGUUCUGUCAAACUUGAUUACGAUUUCUGGGACCCUUGCAACGAUCUCCAUCACAAUGGACUUCCAAUCCCAAAUUCCACCAGGUUCCACGACAAACAUCGGUGCCGCUCAGACAACCGGGCUAAGCUCCAUCGUCUUGACGAACAUCUCCUCAAGUGCCACAUCAUCCAGCUUAAUUGUACCGGCUUCUCUGACCCAAACUCCCGUGGUAUCGACUACAAACGUAGCGACUCUUCCGAAUCAAACGUCGACUGCUCAAGAUCUUCCUAUCGCCUACUCGUUAGCUGUACUCGGAGGAGACUCUGCUAUGCUUUCCACUUCGCCGUCUCCUUUAGGUCCAACGCCGACUGCUCAAGUUUUUGGAGGAGCACCUUCACAGCUUCCGCGUCCACGCUCUUCCACCGUCCCGCUUAGCAACGUUUCAAGUCCGGCUUCGACUAUGCCGCUUUUAACGAUUACCAAAAGCUCCUCAAGGGCAUUCGGGGAAAUCCCUGCCUCGACUGUGCUUCCUUCUAGCUUGUUGGCUUCAGCCACUCCAACCAAUACGCAAAAUCUGGUGGUUCCGACUUCGAGCUUAAGCAUGAGUAACAGUCCUACUUCAUUACCUCCAGCCACUCCAUCAACUACACCUAGCUCGCUGGUUCUUACCUCCAGCUUAAGCUUGAGCCAGACCCUCACCCCAAUAACCAUAGACACCUCAUCAAACACACAAACUUCACUACCUCCAACUUCAACCCUAGACUUGAUCGUGAUCCCCAAUCCCACCUCAUCGCCCUCAACAACAUCCUUCUACACGCAAGCUUCAGUGGCUUCGAGUUCCUCGAUCUUUUCCCUCCAGAUCAUACCCUCGUCCACCUCAGACGGCGGCGCAAUCACGAUCACGAUCCUGCCCGGUCAACCAGUCGAGGCUCUUGUAUCGAACCGUGCAGCGAAACCUGUGGAAAUUGCGAGCGGUGUGGAGGAUUUGAGGAGGGAGGAGAAAAAGAGUCGGUUGUUGGAGAGAAAUGUACGGAGGAAGAGGAGGGGAGGGGCGCUGUGGGAUGAGGGGUGGGGUGUUUUUGAAGGGGGGUUGUGA